AUGGCUAGCGACCCCACAAAUCGUGAGGCCUUUAUUAAGUCCUCGAUUAAGGCAGCAAAAGAGGGAAAGUUUGAUGGCUUGGAUCUGCAGUGGAUAUACCCAUCUUCCCAAGAUCAAAUGAAGGAUUUUGAAAGUGUCCUUAUUGGGUGGCACAGUGCUGCUGUUGAGGAUGCUAAAGAUUACCAUACACAACAAUUGAUCCUUGUUGCUGCAGUCUCCAAUUUGCCCGAUGUACACCACAAUAUUCAAUAUCCAAUUGAUACAAUAAUACAAACCUUGGAUUGGGUCAACCUUUUUUCUUAUGACUUUUACACUCCAACUUCUUCAGUGAAGUUUACUGGACCAUCUUCAGCACUCUACAAUCCAAAGACAGACUCUUUGUCUGUAAAUUUCGGUAUCGAGUCAUGGAUCAAAUGUUAUCCUAAUUUGCCUUCCCAACGGAUUGUAUUUGGAAUUCCUUUCCACGGUUGGGCAUGGAAACUUGCCGAUCGUCUCCAGCACGACGUGUUUUCGGAGGCGGAUGGAGCAGCAAUAGGACACGAUAUAUCUUCAAAUGGCCAAAAUCUACUACUCCAAUAUUAA